AUGAUUACCUGGCGUUCGAUCGCCCGCACCUUCCAACGUCACCAUGCGCCCUUCAGAGCCCAAGUACGGCAGUUGAGUCUGCUUGAACAGCACUCACACAAACUACUCCAAGAAUUCAAACUACCAGUUCCACCGGGAUUCCUAGUUACAACCCCAGAGCAAGCCAAGCAAGUUGUCUCCGUGAUAAAUGGACCAUCAGUGAUAAAAGCCCAAGUCCUUGCGGGCGGCCGCGGUAAAGGCAGAUUCUCCAGCGACGGCCAAAGCGGCGUCCGCCGAGUCGAGUCACCAAAUGAAGCUUUCAGAAACGCCACCAACAUGCUCGGUUACUACCUAACAACAGCCCAAACCCCACAAGACGGACUCAAGGUCGACAAGCUCUACAUCUACAAAGCCGUAUCCAUCGCACAGGAAUUCUAUUUCGCAAUGACAUUCGACAGGCAGCACACUGCACCCGUACUACUGAUCUCCUCGUCGGGAGGAACAAACAUCGAAUCGAACGUAGACAAGCUCCACAAACUCUAUUUCGGACUCUCGACCGGCAUAACCGACGAGAUCGACGCGUAUAUCCAAGCAGAGCUGGGAUUGUCAGAUUCUGAGAUGAAGGAUAUACAUCAGAUCCUGGUGCAGAUGCUUAAGUUGUUCAAGGAAAAGGAUGCGACGUUGCUUGAGUUGAAUCCACUGGUGCGCUCGGAGGAGGGGGAGUUUGUUUGUCUGGAUGCGAAGUUUGGAUUUGACAAUACAGCGCGGUAUAGACAGGAGGAGCUUUUUGGGUUGGAGGAACGAUCGCCGGAACAGGAGGAGGAGCGUCGGCUGGCGGAAUUGGGGCUUAAUUAUGUGCGGCUUGAGGGGAAUAUUGGGAAUAUUGUUAAUGGGGCUGGGUUGGCGAUGGCGACUAAUGAUCUUAUUAGUUUGUAUGGGGGGAAAUCUGCUAACUUUUUAGAUGUUGGGGGUACCACGACGAAGCAGGCUUUGUCAAAAGCGUUUGGGAUUUUGAAGAAGGAUGAGAGGGUUAAGGGGAUUUUGAUUAAUAUUUACGGUGGAAUCGUGCGAUGUGAUAUGAUCGCCGAGGCGAUUGUUUCCGCUGCUGCUGAGACGGGUGGAUUCAAAUGUCCGGUUGUGGUUCGGUUGCAGGGUACUAAUUCCGAGAAGGGAUUAAAGCUGAUCAAACAAUCUGGGUUGGAUAACUUGGUUGUAGAACCCGAGUUUGAGAAAGCCGCUCAGAGGAUCGUGAAGGAGACACCCAGUGUUGAAUAA